UAAUUACUCACAGAAAAAUGGAAGUCAAACAUUUAACUUUACGAAGUCAAUGACUUCGUAAGGCUAAAUUUUUGACUUCCAUUUUUCAGUGAGUAGGAGACUUUUCAUCGUAUAGAAGUGUAAAAACUUACAUUCAUUUGGGCACAUAUGUACGAGCUCGAAAUGUAUAAAGUGUUAUGUAAAUUUAUGCUAAUUUUGCCAUUACUCAUAUCGAUUGUACACUGUGAUGACCCGCCUACAGUAAGAAAGACCAACAAUGGACCUGUUAAAGGCAUAGAACAAACAAGCUUCUUCGGCACAAAAUAUUAUUCAUUUCGGGGAAUUCCAUACGCCGAAGCGCCGAUCACAGGAGUGGAUCCAUACAUUGGAGUAUACGUUGAUCGAAGAUUCAAGCCACCUCAACCACUCGAGCGAAAAUGGUAUACACCUCUGAAGGUGCAAAACUUCGAAGAUGGAUGCAUCGCAUCGUUGAUUAUCAUGCCAAAAUCGGGAAGAACAAGCGAAAAUUGUCUCUUUCUUAACAUUUAUGUUCCAGCCGGAGGUGCAAUGAGAAAAACUGUUCUGAUAUUUAUUUAUGGUGGUGCUUUUACUGAGGGAUCAUCACAUGACAUGAUGUAUGGACCAGACUUUCUCAUCGAUGAAGACAAUAUUGUGGUCACAUUCAAUUACCGCUUGGGCAUUUUUGGCUUCAUGAAUCUUGGUUUCGGUGAAUACACCGGCAACAUGGGUUUGAAAGAUCAGCAAGUGGCCUUGAAAUGGAUUUAUGAGAAUAUUGAACAUUUCUCGGGCAAUAAAGAUGAAAUUUUGAUAUUCGGAGAGAGUGCAGGUGGGGCUUCCGUCAAUUAUCAUAUGCUUAAUGAAGAGUCACGAAAGUAUUUCAACAGAGCAUUUGCACAAAGUAGCAGUUCCUUGAAUUAUUAUGCAUUACAAAAACAAAAUCACUUGGAGAGAAUGCAAAAUUUCUCGAAUAUUCAAGACAAACAGCAGUUGGUCGAAUAUUUGAAGGCGGCAGACAGCGCAGAACUUGCUAAAUUACUAAAACAAAACGAAUAUGGAAAAAUUUUAAUUGAUCUAUUAUGGGCUCCAACCAUCGAAAGUCCUGAAACGAAAGGAGCGUUCAUAACAAAAACACCUGAGGAAAUUUACAAAUCGGAUAAGGCACCAGUUAUGGAUGCUAUGUUCAGUUUUACAUCUGAUGAAUUCGUAACUUUCAAUCAAGAUAUACCUACAAGCAGUGAACCGUUUCUUAGUGGAGAUUGGAAAGAUUCAAAGAUGCUGCUGCCAUUCCCAGGAUUUGAUAAAGAUACUUAUCCAGAGGAGUACAAGCAUGCGAUUGAUCUGUUGAAAGACGCCUAUUUCAAUGACACAACCAAUGCUGAUGCAAUCAAACGUGGAAAUAUCGGUUUACUCUCAGAUUCGAACAUCAACUACGGCGUUCUUAAAGCUGUCCGGUAUCAAGUGAUAGCAAAUAACAGAGAAAACCCAAAAAAUACGUUUCUAAUAAGAUUUUCCGUAGAAUCUGACGUCAAUGUAGUCAAAAUCCUGCUUCGCGUGAAUAUUGAUGGAGCAGCUCAUGGGGAUGAUAUUUGUUAUAUAUUCCGUUGUGGUGUAAUGGAUGGUUACAAAAUGUACGAUAAUGCAUUAAAGGUCAGAGACAUUUCCAAUAUGAAUUAUAGGGCGAUUAAGCGUAUGGUCUACAUAGUCACUAAUUUUGCUCGAACUGGCAAUCCAUCGGUGAAAGGUGAUACCAAAUUUAAAUCAUCGACAUCACCAGACGAAAUUUUCAGCCAAGAGAUCGUAAACGAUCGAAAAUCCAUCUUGGUAACCAACAUAAUGGACCAACUACACUUCAACACAUGGAAGCAGAUUGAUGACUCCUAUCAAAGAUUGAAAAUUGAUGACAACUUGUAACGCCUUUUGUUGUGAUGACCACAAAAAUGAGGACAACCAAAACAAUUUCAACACAAAUUUUCUAUUGAUAUUUGGAUAAGCUGUCAAUCAAAAAUCUAGGGGGUAAUAAGUAUUGACGCAUUUGCCGCGUUUGUACAGCGCUCGUCUGUGUUAUUGUUGUUGUUUUCAUGUUCCUUCCUCUCAUUCGUAUAUACAAAUACGCAUGAAUCUUCUGGUAUUCAUUUGCCGUAUUUACAUGCAUUUGUUCCCGUUAUUACCUCCUAGUCAAAUGUA